CCCGAGCGGGAGACGCCGAGAUGUGAGCCUCCGACUGGCCACUGCUCUCUCUGGCGCCCUCUUCUCCCAUUCCCAUUCCACCGGCCCGAUUGGACAGCGAUCGCUUGCCUCGAUCUCCGGGGAGAGGAGUAACCACCAGGCGCACAGCCCAGAAGUUGGGCUGCGCUGUUCAGCCGGGAGCUCACUGCGCGAGGGGGUGGGCGAGGAGACCGGGAGACGAAGGCGCGGGAAAGGGGUCUCGGCCUGAGCUGAGGGAGAUUGGGAGAGUGGGGGCUUGAGUUCCCUCUUGCGCUCCCCAGCAGGGGAAGAGAUGCAGAGCCCGCGCCCAGGCGCCCGCCGCCGCGGUAGCAGCCUCAGCAACAGCCUCAGCAUCAGCACCGGCGGGACAGCGACAGCGGGGGCGGCGCAGGCGCACUGUGCCCCGCGGAUCCUGCAGUUCCCGAGCCCCGUGUGCGGCACCGCCACAGUCUGGGCAGCGGCGGCCGGGGGAGCGCUACUACCAUGAACUGCCUGGUCCUCCUCCCCAGAGCUGCUCAUCCGGGUCGGGCUGGAGACACAGUCAGGGGACCCCGUCGCCGCCGCCGCGCCCCCUCUUCUUUCGGCUCAAUCUUCUCUUCCACCUUUUCCUCCUCUUCCUCCACCUUCUUUGCCUGCAUCCCCCCCUCCCCCGCCGCGGAUCCUGGCCGCUGCUCUCCAGACCCAGGAUGCCGGGGGGCAAGAGAGGGCUGGUGGCACCGCAGAACACAUUUUUGGAGAACAUCGUCAGGCGCUCCAGUGAAUCAAGUUUCUUACUGGGAAAUGCCCAGAUUGUGGAUUGGCCUGUAGUUUAUAGUAAUGACGGUUUUUGUAAACUCUCUGGAUAUCAUCGAGCUGACGUCAUGCAGAAAAGCAGCACUUGCAGUUUUAUGUAUGGGGAAUUGACUGACAAGAAGACCAUUGAGAAAGUCAGGCAAACUUUUGACAACUAUGAAUCAAACUGCUUUGAAGUUCUUCUGUACAAGAAAAACAGAACCCCUGUUUGGUUUUAUAUGCAAAUUGCACCAAUAAGAAAUGAACAUGAAAAGGUGGUCUUGUUCCUGUGUACUUUCAAGGAUAUUACGUUGUUCAAACAGCCAAUAGAGGAUGAUUCAACAAAAGGUUGGACGAAAUUUGCCCGAUUGACACGGGCUUUGACAAAUAGCCGAAGUGUUUUGCAGCAGCUCACACCAAUGAAUAAAACAGAGGUGGUCCACAAACAUUCAAGACUAGCUGAAGUUCUUCAGCUGGGAUCAGAUAUCCUUCCUCAGUAUAAACAAGAAGCGCCAAAGACGCCACCACACAUUAUUUUACAUUAUUGUGCUUUUAAAACUACUUGGGAUUGGGUGAUUUUAAUUCUUACCUUCUACACCGCCAUUAUGGUUCCUUAUAAUGUUUCCUUCAAAACAAAGCAAAACAACAUAGCCUGGCUGGUACUGGAUAGUGUGGUGGACGUUAUUUUUCUGGUUGACAUCGUUUUAAAUUUUCACACGACUUUCGUGGGUCCCGGUGGAGAGGUCAUUUCUGACCCUAAGCUCAUAAGGAUGAACUAUCUGAAAACUUGGUUUGUGAUCGAUCUGCUGUCUUGUUUACCUUAUGACAUCAUCAAUGCCUUUGAAAAUGUGGAUGAGGGAAUCAGCAGUCUCUUCAGUUCUUUAAAAGUGGUGCGUCUCUUACGACUGGGCCGUGUGGCUAGGAAACUGGACCAUUACCUAGAAUAUGGAGCAGCAGUCCUCGUGCUCCUGGUGUGUGUGUUUGGACUGGUGGCCCACUGGCUGGCCUGCAUAUGGUAUAGCAUUGGGGACUACGAGGUCAUUGACGAAGUCACUAACACCAUCCAAAUAGACAGUUGGCUCUACCAGCUGGCCUUGAGCAUUGGGACUCCAUAUCGCUACAAUACCAGUGCCGGGAUAUGGGAAGGAGGACCCAGCAAGGAUUCACUGUACGUGUCCUCUCUCUACUUUACCAUGACAAGCCUUACAACCAUAGGAUUUGGAAACAUAGCUCCUACCACAGAUGUGGAGAAGAUGUUUUCCGUGGCUAUGAUGAUGGUUGGCUCUCUUCUUUAUGCAACUAUUUUUGGAAAUGUUACAACAAUUUUCCAGCAAAUGUAUGCCAACACCAACCGAUACCAUGAGAUGCUGAAUAAUGUACGGGACUUCCUAAAACUCUAUCAGGUCCCAAAAGGCCUUAGUGAGCGAGUCAUGGAUUAUAUUGUCUCAACAUGGUCCAUGUCAAAAGGCAUUGACACAGAAAAGGUCCUCUCCAUCUGUCCCAAGGAUAUGAGAGCUGAUAUCUGUGUUCAUCUAAACCGGAAGGUUUUUAAUGAACAUCCCGCUUUUCGAUUGGCCAGCGAUGGGUGUCUGCGCGCCUUGGCAGUAGAGUUCCAAACCAUUCACUGUGCUCCUGGGGACCUCAUUUACCAUGCUGGAGAAAGUGUGGAUGCCCUCUGCUUUGUGGUGUCGGGAUCCUUGGAAGUCAUCCAGGAUGAUGAGGUGGUGGCUAUUUUAGGGAAGGGUGAUGUAUUUGGAGACAUCUUCUGGAAGGAAACCACCCUUGCCCAUGCAUGUGCGAACGUCCGGGCACUGACGUACUGUGACCUACACAUCAUCAAGCGGGAAGCCUUGCUUAAAGUCCUGGACUUUUAUACAGCUUUUGCAAACUCCUUCUCAAGGAAUCUCACUCUUACUUGCAAUCUGAGGAAACGGAUCAUCUUUCGUAAGAUCAGCGAUGUGAAGAAAGAGGAGGAGGAGCGCCUCCGGCAGAAGAAUGAGGUGACCCUCAGCAUUCCCGUGGACCACCCAGUCAGAAAGCUGUUCCAGAAGUUCAAGCAGCAGAAGGAGCUGCGGAAUCAGGGCUCAACACAGGGUGACCCUGAGAGGAACCAACUCCAGGUAGAGAGCCGCUCCUUACAGAAUGGAGCCUCCAUCACCGGCACCAGUGUGGUGACUGUGUCACAGAUUACUCCCAUUCAGACGUCUCUGGCCUAUGUGAAAACCAGCGAAUCCCUUAAGCAGAACAACCGUGAUGCCAUGGAACUCAAGCCCAAUGGCGGUGCUGACCAAAAAUGUCUCAAAGUCAACAGCCCAAUAAGAAUGAAGAAUGGAAAUGGAAAAGGGUGGCUGCGACUCAAGAAUAAUAUGGGAGCCCAUGAGGAGAAAAAGGAAGACUGGAAUAAUGUCACUAAAGCUGAGUCAAUGGGGCUAUUGUCUGAGGACCCCAAGAGUAGUGAUUCAGAGAACAGUGUGACCAAAAACCCACUAAGGAAAACAGAUUCUUGUGACAGUGGAAUUACAAAAAGUGACCUUCGUUUGGAUAAGGCUGGGGAGGCCCGAAGUCCGCUAGAGCACAGUCCCAUCCAGGCUGAUGCCAAGCACCCCUUUUAUCCCAUCCCCGAGCAGGCCUUACAGACCACACUGCAGGAAGUCAAACACGAACUCAAAGAGGACAUCCAGCUGCUCAGCUGCAGAAUGACUGCCCUAGAAAAGCAGGUGGCAGAAAUUUUAAAAAUACUGUCAGAAAAAAGCGUACCCCAGGCCUCGUCUCCCAAAUCCCAAAUGCCACUCCAAGUACCCCCCCAGAUACCAUGUCAGGAUAUUUUUAGUGUUUCAAGGCCUGAAUCACCUGAAUCUGACAAAGAUGAAAUCCACUUUUAAUAUAUAUACAUAUAUAUUUGUUAAUAUAUUAAAACAGUAUAUACAUACGUUUGUAUAUACAGUAUAUACAUAGAUAUAUUUUCACUUGCUUUCAAGAUGAUGACCACACAUGGAUUUUGAUAUGUAAAUAUUGCAUGUCCAGCUGGAUUCUGGCCUGCCAAAGAAGAUGAUGAUUAAAAACAUAGAUAUUGCUUGUAUAUUAUGCAGUUGACUGCAUGCACACUUUACAUUUAUUUAUAAUCUCUAUUCUAUAAUGAAAGAGUAUGAUUUUUGUUACCCAAGGCAAUGUAAUAUUUGAAGAAUCAGGGUCCAACCUGCCAAUGUUGCCACGAUAAAUUUGAUCUCAGGCUGAGUAUGUAUAUCGAGCUAUCAUUUUCUCACUGUUCUGUUAAGUUAAAAUUAUAGAUUAAUGCCAAGGAAGAGUUCAGUCUUUUAAACUAUUAGUACCAUGUUAUGAUCUCUUUCCAUAGGAUAUUUUUCUGUAACUUAGAGUUAGGUUCUUUUCCCCUACAGGCAGUGUUUGCUCCAUUCAAAUGACUGUUUUGUUGCCUAAGUCAGAUAACAGUGUGGGAUAUUGAAAACUUAUUGCUAUGGGUUUUGUGCAUGAAUCACAUUUUUGAUCAACUAUACCUCUCGUUUUUUAACAUUAUACUUAGAUAGUAAUCAUUAGCUCUUAUGUAAGGAAAUCCCUACUCCCUCCUUCUUGGAGAACAGCUGCCAUCCUGUAAGCUGACAUUAUCAACACCAUAAAUACUAAACUAUUAAUAUAGUGUAUGUUAUUAUAGAAACACUGCACCACAGGGUAUAAGGGCCCUUUGACAAUUCAUGUAAGAGAUGCUGAAUUUCCAAAGCUGAUGAAUGCUCUAAACUUGUAUUUCCAAAACAUGUUCAAGAGUGACAUUGAAAGGCUUCUUAGCAAAGAAACAUACAAAAAAAAAAGCAUUUAAGUAAUCAUAUCAAAAUGCUAACUAUUAUGAUAUAAAAUAAAAAAGAAUGUAAACAGAUAGAUAAAUUUUUGUGGCAUGUCUGUAACUUAGAAUGAAACACUGGUACGGAUUGUUGAAACAUGAAUCCUAGUGUUUGUAGUGAUAACACAUGGAAUGUGGUAAAACAAACAAACAAACAAACAAACCAAGAAGUAGACAUUAAGUUGCUCAACUCAGAUAACUGCUUUUCUAUCAUUUUAUUGUGGUUAGAAGUUUUUAAAGCUUUUUGCACACAGUUCUACUGCUGGACUUCUGCUGAGUUGAUUCAAUAAACUAUUGUGGCUCAGGCAGAUCCAUUUAUGAAAGGGGGAUACACUAAAGACUGAAUUUUAGUCUUUUGAAUUCAAAUCCUCUUUGUAGAAAGUGCCUAUUAUCAAGUUUUUAAAAAAAGUCACAAAGAGUUGUCCUGUAUAUAGCUAGUCCCUUAAAUGAUAUGGAUUGAGAAUAAAAUACACAUUCACUUCUAAGAACCCAGGAGAACUUAUUUCUUUUGACUAAACUAUAUUUUAGCAAGUUGUUCAGGGAAGCAUGCUUUUCAGUCACUGCAUGCACAGCAUUUAAUAUGGGGAGCAGGGGAGUUAGUGUUUGCAUGAAGUUGAAAAUAUGUGCGAGUAAUUUAUAUAUUACUGGACCAUCUGUACAUAUAUGUUAACAAUAUGCAAAAGAUGAUGGCAAAAUCGAAGGAGAUAUUUUGGUCUAUUAUACCCAUUUGUAUGAGCUUUUCUAUCUCCCAGUAUUCUCAACCAAAGCCACUAGAACUGAAAGACACGUUAUCACAUUCAGACUUGAGAAGUGCAAAACAGUGAUUUAUAAAAACAGUUGCUAUUUUAGAAUUUCUAUUGAACUUCACAUGCCCACAAGAUGUGCCUCUUUAAUCUAGGAGUCUCAAAACGUAUGUUAUGAGCCAUGGGCUCCAUUUUCCUUUCUUUGUGCGUGCAACUUCCAUUAACCAUAAUGGAAGUUUUCAGGGGAGCACGUCUCCAUGUAAUGCUACAAUAUCUACCUACCACAAACACAAGAAAAUGAAAUAAUUAUGGAGUAAGGAAUCAGCCUUGAAACUUGGAUUUUGUUGCUUUCAUGGUGAGGAUGAUAUCUUUUUCUUGACCUCUGACAUUUAUUGAAUUUCAGGGUAUUUUUCUAUUUGUUUAAGUCAAGUUUGGCGUAAGCUUUUAAAGGUGAAUGUGUGGUUAAAAUAAGAAUCUGAUUACAGAAGUUGUUAGUUUAACUUUAGCCAGUGCUUCAAAACUAACUACUGGUGUAAAGCUAUAAAAGAAUGACUGUGAACAACAUGAUGAUUUGAAGUUCUAAUUCAUGCCUUUGCAUAUUAGUGGUGCAAAUAUUUACUGUGUUCCGACAUUGAUGUAGAGUUUCACCUAAUCGACCUACAAUGUUAUUGUUCAUAUAUGUGAGAAACAUAAUGGUUUUGAAUUACUCUAGAUUGUCAAGAAGGAGGGAAAGUAUCAAUUGUUUAUUUAUGGUGCAGUUAUCAUAGUGUCUUUUCAGCCAUCUCUGUUCUCUGUGUGCAUGAUAUGAAGAGGUGCUGAAUGCACCCUGCUGUUUUCAGCAAGAAUGCGUGUUUUCAGCAAACAUUGUAUAUAGAGUAGUCUUUUAGGUUCCCAGAUUCCACAAACCUUAGCAGUUGAAUUUACUCAGAUUUGAAUGAAGGGUGAACACUUGCUUUAAUACAUGCAAUAAUGAUACAAUCAUGUUCUAUGUUGCCUCAACUAGCACAUAGACAGUAGAUGCUCUUUUGGGGACCAGAUAACUGCAUGUUUUAUUCCUACACUGUAUAGAUGCUCUUGGCGCAUCCAGAAUAAAAAUUUUGAUAUUAUAUUUCUAAAUAAUAUAUUAAUAGGAGUAAAUGGAUAUGUAUUAGAAAUCCAAACAUUUUCCAAAGCAAUUUACGCACCUUCAAUAUUUUUCUAUGAUGUUAUUAAUAGGUAAGAUCAGAUGCUGUAUCCUCGACAGGUGGUUGUAACAUAAUAGCAAAAGUCAAAUUAGAAUGGAAAUGUGAGUGAUGUAUCAUAAUGGCAGGUUUUAUCAGUCUGUAUCAGGAUAUUGUUGCACUAAAUGUGAUCUAGCAGAUGGAAGAGAUUAUGAUAAAAAGCAAACAGGCACACAAAAGCCAGAUGACAAUACCAAAGCUGUAUGAAUGGUACUGAAAAUGGUUCAGGCACAGUGGUUGAAGUGAAUGACGUGGUUGAAUACAGGCCCAUGCUUCAUUGUUAAAAUGGAAAAUUUUUAUGACACUGGUUGCAUCUCACAUUAAGUAUAGGACUAAAAAUGUCCUAAGUAUUUUUUACAAACCACUUUAUGCAUAUCAGAGAAAAAAUGGAAAAUCUGGGGUUUGAAAUUGCUCUAGAAGAAAUGUGUACUUCUGUUGUACUCAACACUUUAAUAGAAAAAUUAGUUGUGACCGCUAACUAAAGUACUAUUAUCAAAAUUAACCUUAUUGGAGCCCAAAUGAAAAUCACAUUUUCCCUUCUGUUUAAGGAGAUUUUGUUCACCCUAUGAGAUCUGGUCCAUUUGAUAUCUUCUUUUAAAUAACUAAAGUCAUUUGGAAUUUUUUUUAAUACUAGCCUUCAGAGCAGUGACUGUUUUGAAGUUUGCAGUGGCAGAUAUUUGAAAUUAUUCAUCAUAUUUCUAAUGAAUUCCACUAUCUUGUAUAAUUUUUAUCUUUUAAGCAAUUUUCUCUGAGUUUGUUUUCCAAAAUUUCAUGUAGGUAAUGAGAACAUUUAUCUAGAAUGUGCAUAUCGUACAUGGAUAACUUUCAAAUAUGAAUAUUUUGUAAUCAUGUGAAUGUUGUGCUAUAAUUUUUUCUAUUAGGCAUAAAAGUAUUUCUCUUCUCGUCUUAAUGGAAAGGGGGAAAAGACAAAAACAGUCUUUUGGAAAACACCUUAAGUAUUCGUAUCUGAGCUUUGUCUUGGAUUCUGAAUUUAGCUUUACCACAAACUCGAAGUGUAAUUAUGGGCAAAUUAACCUUUUCUAGUGUACCAAAUGCUACCAUUCCCCAGCCAAUAAAUAAGAAAACAAAGAUAACAGCUGUUGCCUUCUUAUAUCAACGUGCCAUUAGGUUAGUGAAAAAAUUAUCUUUCUUGCAGGUGAAAAUCACAUUAUGACAAAUGAUCACUUUUUCAUUCUUUCAUAGAAGAGCAUCCAUGAUGUACUCUCUAUCAAAAUAUUCUUCUAGAAUUUAGAAGAGAUUUCAGAGAUUGACGGUGAUGUGAUUUUUAUCUAAAUAUUCUUUUAGGUUUUAGAAGAGAUUUAACUUGUCAGAGGUUGAUGGAGAGAGGCAUAGUUUGCUAAAUAAUUAUUAGUGGCAGGUAAGCAUAAAACUUGAUAUUUAUCUUGGAAAUUAGAACUACGAAUCAAAUAAAUGUGGAGAGAAUGAAGCUCCUUUGACAGAAGAGAGAAAGAAGAGAAAGAUACGUAAAUUUUAUGAUUUUUCUUAUUUCUACUUAAUCAUACUGCUUGGCAGAAAUUCUCAAUUUUGUGAAAAAAUUGGUAAGUGGCCACGGUAUAGAAUAGUUCACCAAUAUAUCUGUGUAACAAAACUGAAUGUGUACCCCUUAAAUUUAUACAAAUAAAAACUAGAGUAGUUCAUCCUUCAACUUUUUAAAUUAAAAUAAUCAUGACCUGUUCAAAAUAUAUGAUUCCACGUGGGCAGACGCUCUUAUAACAAAAUUCUUAACUAUGUGCUAUGUGUUAUAAGUUUUGGUCUGUAUUCUGACUUGAGAUUUUCUAUCACUUCAUUUUUAGGAUAAGACCCAUGUGUUUGCAUUCUUUAUGAGGGUCAGGGCCACUGAGGAUUUGGACUGGGAACUAGGAAGAUGAUGAAGGUGAGGGUUGAGAGAAGACUGUGUACAAUCUAUCUGCUUCUUUACUCUUAGGCUUAGAAGUUAAAUAAGUUAACUAAGCUUAUAUUUACCAAGUGCUCACUAUGAUAAGCAUUUUAUUUAGGUUAUCAAAUUUAAUUCUUGCAACAACCCCAUGAAGGCAUAGGUUAAGGAACUUGUCCAGGAUAGCAUACCUGUUACAUGAUAAAGUUGAGUUUCUAACACAGGCAGUCAGACCUUAGGGAGAAAACUUUAUUUUGUAGAAUACUGACAUUACAAGAACUAUCUGGUUCAACCAUCUAGUCUAGGUUUUUCCAGACACAUACUUUUAAAGAUUUCUUAAAAUAAUUCUUAAAAAUUGCACUCUAUAAUGUGAAUGUAAAUAUUUGGUUUUUCUUGAUAGGUCAGAGUCAAUGACAGAGGUUGAAAUCAUCCUGUCUUAAGCAAAAGGUGCCCUGUCCCAACAGUGAAAUUUUCAUUUACUUCUCCCAACAGUUGAAAGACAUCAGCCAAAGUAAACUGUCAAAUGUGGUUAUAAAUAAGAAGCAUGUUUGACAUAUGGUCACUGGUAUCAACAUUUUCUUUUCCAGUUGAAUCUUAACCUAAAGAGGUAAUGCAUAAUGGUUAAGGGAAGCAAGAGUCAUUCAGGAUUUUUUUCUAUAAUUUCUUUUUAAUAGUGGGAUUUGGAUGAGACUCCAGAAUUUAUUUUUUGACUCAUUGGGUUUUAAGUAGAUUAUUCAGGUAUUUUUAUUGAUUGUGCUGAUGUUGGCUUCUUGGCCAAACCACUAUUAAAUGCAUUAUCCAAAUGAACUAUUUCUGUUUAGAAUGGCAACUUGUGUCCUUAUUUCCAAAAUUAAUGAGCUCAUAGUAUGUAUAUUUACUUCAGAGAGUUUCAAUAAUCUUCUCUAAUGAAAAAAUGUUAAUUUUCUGAACGUGGUUUAUUUGUUCUACCCUUUGAGAUUUCUAAAGCAAGUGUCUUGAGAUAAGGAGAAAAAAAAACAAGAUGUUACAACACUACAUGCUGGAAUCUUCAGCCCAAACCAUCUUGUUUUCACUUGGCUAAUAACUGAGCCAGAGGUAAUCAUAGAAAGGAAGAAUCCUACUUUUAAAAUAAUGACUGUGAAGGACCCCACUGACACCAUCCAAAGCUUUUUAUAGUCAGCUCACUUCCAUCCUGGCUUUUACAUUAGCACUGCAUGAUUAUUUAAAUGAGGUCAUGACUUGUACUACUUGUAAAGGCACUUGGUCAAAGAACAGUAAACCAAAAAGUGCAGCUUAUGACCAGGGUUAUAACUGAGGAAAAAGGAGGGUGGAGAAGGGAUAGCAGUUGCCUCCUUUUAAUGAGUUUUCUGUAUGCCUUUUAAAUAGCUUUUGUUUAUUUGUUUUUAAGAUGACACAUUGUCAUUAAGGUUUUAACAAAACCUUUGGAAGCAGUUUGAAAGCUUGUCAAAUGUUGGGGCCUUCUUUAGAAAUAAGUGCUCUCCCACCAACCAGUGAGCUUAGAACCUCUGGUUCUGGCCUACAAACCCAAUCCCCUAAGCACUUGGCUGGUUGGGCUGCAUUUUGAUGGGGGGAAAACAAAAAGAUCUGAUCACUCUCUCUCAUUCAUGCGGAAUCACUGACUGUUGAAUGACCAAAGCAGUCAAAGCCAAAAUAUUCACCUUGACGCUUCAAUAAACCAGAUUGAGUAUCCAUAAUAACUAAUUUAAGUAAUUUUAUCCCCAUUCUCUGAUAAAUCAUAUUUCAUAAUAUAAAAUGUAACCACUUCCCUCUAUCCAAAGCUUGGUCAGACUCCAUUGAGUUAGAGAAAUUGGACUUUGGCAAAAAGCAACAUAAAGGUUAUUGUUGUUCCUAGAACCAUUGUUGUCAUGGACCCCUCAUUUGCUCCUCAACUUUUUCAGCCAAAUUAUAGCGGGAAAGAUUCCUGAUGAGGCCAAGACUGCAAACAGGAAGAAUACCUAGCUAGUAAACUAUGCAAAAUCACAACAAAGAUUCAUUUUUAAUUCCAUGUUAAAGUGUUUGAUAGUCCUAAGUGUUUAAUAUUGGUAUAUUAUGUCAACUUACACAAAAUCCAAAUGCACUUUUCUUUAAAAUCAAGAUUAGCUUAUUUCAUUUUCAGAAAAAAACAGUGGUCAGAAUUGAUUUUUUGACCUCUGCAGGGAUGUUUUCACAUUGCUAUUCUUAUGACCCUUUAUCAGAGAGGGAAUAAGUGUAGUGUUCACUUUCAUCUCCUUAGGGUUGACUGCACCAGCAUCUUCCAUCAAGCAGUCGCCUUCCACCUUAGAACCUGUUCACAGUUAAUAAAGCAAGAGGGAAUAUGCAUUUCAUAUUAGGAACAGAUUACUUAAGUGAUUGUUUUGAAAGUGGAAACCAGUUUAGAACCAUUUUUUUACCCUAAAACAUCCAUUGUAGUUUGUUGAAAGAGCAAUGACUUUUAGAAGUGCUUGGUACUCAACACAACAUGUGCAGAUUCAUGAUAUAUUGAAAAUUAUAGAGUUCUUUUUAGUCUAUGUUCUAGUGACUUUGUUUACACUAGUUGUGGCAUUUUGUAUACUACAAUGUAAAUUCUACUAUAACACUAAUGUUACUAUGGGAAUUAAUUUUGCAACUUCUUAAAUGUUUUUGUCACUGCAACCAUAUUGGUGAGAUAUUGGGGGUAUUAAAAAUGCCUCUGCCUUUAAGGGUUAAUUCACCAGAAAUAAUUGAUUCAUGCAUUGACAAAGGAAACAAUGCAAAAAUUUCAUGCGGGAUGUUUUUAAUACCAUUAUGCUAAGCAGUACUUGUUGGCUCUUUUCAAAAUCUGAUUCAUGCUAAGCAGAUCCUUUUUUCUACUUAAACAAAGAUACUGCAAUGUAUAAUAUAGAAAUUUUGUAUGUACUGUUGACCUAUCAUCUGAUUGCUGACAGGAUGUGUGAAAAUAUUUUAACUUUGUGACUUUAGGGUCAAUUAUGAAAUAAUUGUGAUCAAAAUUCAAUUGCUUCUGGGAAGUUUGUGGUGAUUAUCACUUUAUUUAAUGUUUGUUCUCAAGAAACUGUCAUUUUGAAAAGUGAAUUGGCAGGUGGAAGCUUUUAGCCCAAAAGAAUUCUGGGUUUCAGCACAAUAAACUGUAUUUCAUCAGGGAGGACUAACUUUGCUUUUUUUCACACUUUAUUUAAAUGUGGAUAUUUUUUCAUGAUGCAGAAUAAAAUGUGCAUUUUAUGGAAUCAAUUUGAA